AUGGAGAUGGAGGCGGUGUUAAAUGAGGCUGUACAGGCACGCGAUGCAGACCGAGAAGCGGCGCCGCAACAGAGCUGCACAGGUGCUUGUUGUCAUGGAGGAGCAAAGAUGGCGGUCCUGGCCUAUAGCCUGGGCAAACGCGAAAUAAAUCAACAUUUUACCAUUAAGAAUGCCAAAUUGAUAUCGCUGGUGAUCGUUAUUCUGCUCCUCGUGUUUCACACAGCUUCGCGGUACUAUGGAGGUAAGUGAUGCCCCGUUUAUUCUGUGCAGCCCGAGAAACACUUUAGCAUAUGCUAACAGUAACUAGCAGAAAGGGGACUAUGUUUGCGGGUUGGUGCAGUGCCGUGAUGCAGUUUGUUGACAAGAGAUGAGAGAAACAGCACGUAAAUAUUCUAACAUUGCAGAUGAUUUCUUGUCUAAAUAAUGUGCUUUCAGUCCUGUUAGGUGAGCUAACUGCACGGACUGAAAAUCUGCUUUGACUGCCAGCUAUAAGCUACAUGAAGCUAACAACGUUUAGCAGUGUUUACAUGCUGCUGUCAGGACACGCUCAGUCUCUGCUGGGGCUGAUGAAGCUCACAGUUAACAGGGUUAGGUCGAAACUAUUAAGAUGACAGCGCUUUAUUCGACCAAACUAUCAUGCUGGUUUGUCAGAUAUCUGUAUCACCUCAAAUAACUAACAAACUCCAGUUUUACUGUAUAACCGAACAAGUGUUCAAACUGCCUCAUCUCAUCUUUCAUCGUUUGCAAGCUUUCAUUGAUUCGCAGUAGACCGAGAAGAUAUCUAUACAAAGAGAAUACAAAUGUUACGGUUUGUUUCGGUGUUAUCAUUGCUUGAGAAUCGACAACUCAUCAAUAAAGGUGGAAAUAAUAUAAACAUAUCCUACUCGGUUAAAAGUACACUUUCUCAAAUGAAGUUUAACUGAAGUAGAAGCAAAUUCCCUGUCAAAAAAUUUACACAACUGAUAGAAAAAACAUACUUUAUGUGAAAUGUACCUCAAGUACUUCUAUAUAAAACUGUCUUCCAUUAACUUUUUCUUGACCGUCGGUUUUGUAGUACCUGUCUCUUGUAUUAUUCAGUUGUUAGAUCUUGUAUCUUUUGACAUUUCUUUGCUUUACUGGUUGAUUCCCUUUUUAUAACUGAUUUAUUUGUGUGUUUAGCACUUUGUAACUUGUUUUUGUGAAGUGCACAAAAAGCAGCUUAACUGUAAUUGGUCACAAUGAAGGUCCUUCCCUGGUCGUCAUUAUUUUCUGUUUUGAAUCAGUGCCUCACAUAUACAGUAAACUCCCAUGGCACACCUUUAAUUCAUGAGAGUCACUCUGGCUUGAUGUAACGUGUCAGUGUUUGGUAGAUCAUCUUUGAGACAUUUAGAUUAAGUGCUCUUGUAUACCAAUUCAUCUGUCCACACACACACAAAGACAGACACUUCACAUUUGAUUUAUUACUGAUGAGAGGGAUGGAGUCGUGUAAUCUUGACUGUUAUAAUUAAGAUUUCUUUACAACCAUUUGUGGUAUUUUUUUCCUUUUCCAUAAUUUGACAGAGUUAGACAACAAAGAAAUAUUUGCAUGGCGUACAUCCACCUCCCAGCUGGGCUGCACAGAGUGGACAUGGUCCAUGAAAGGAGGUGGGAACCAGAGACCUCUGUGCACUCACUGAGAGCAGCUGCUUUGGCGAGCGAUGACACUAAAUGCCCACAUCUCUCGCCAGCCUGCAGACCCCUCGUGUUCCCCUGUUACUAUACAUUUAUUCAGUUGCAGAUGGCUCCAUUCAUCUUGCACACAAAUGAAUAGCUGGAGAGAUUUAUGGUUGAGCUAAAUUGCUGAUGGCUUCAUUUUACACUGUGGCGACUAGCAAAGCCCUGUAUUGUAUUCAAGUCCCUUGAAUGCUCUCAAUGAAAAGCCAGGGUACUAUUGAGACCACAGGUUUCAGUUGUAGUCACGGAGGAACUAUGAGUGAGAGGCAGGGCUUUUUUUUGUCCAGUCUUACUGGUGGGAUCUCUGUGUUCUGUGUCCUCAGGGGGAGAUUCAUGUGAAUGGCUGCUGUCUAAAGGACGGUACUUGGGGGAGAACAUAUGGCAGCCUUAUGGCUGCAUGAUGCACAAAUACAAAAGCACGUAAGUCAUGGCUGUGCAAGGUUGCUGUAUGUACCGCAUGUUUGGAACAAAGAUUUAGAUGUGUAUCAGUGGGGUGUGUUUGUGUCUGGAAGGACAGAUAGGCAAUUUAAAGGUUAAUAAUCAGUUGAGAAGACGUCAUUCUUUCAACAGACUGUGUUUAAAAAGAUCUGCUGCUACUUUAAUGAUAGAACAAACACCUGACAUAGGAAUGAUUGCUAUCCACCAUCCAGAGGAUUUACUGGUUGCAGAUUCCUCUCCAUCAUUUUUGUCUUACAGUGAAGCCAAGACCUGCCUCACUGAAAAGCGGGUGGCCUUUAUAGGUGACUCCAGAGUAAGGCAGCUGUUUUACUCCUUCAUCAAAAUUAUCGACCCAGAGAGAAGAGAAGAUGGAAACAAGGUAUUUAUGAAGAAGAGCAGCAUGUAAUAUCAUUGGAAACUUUUCAGCACAUCAAAAGGAUCCACAGCUGGAGGAUGACGUUGUCAGACAUUCCUCUGUUUACUCCGCAAUCAUUUAUCAUCUGGUUGAAAUAUAACAAAAUAAUCUUGCUUCUUUUGAAAUAAUCCUUUCUUAUUAUAUGUAAGAUUUUGUUUUUUCCUUGACUGAUAGAGUUAAGACUCAACAGAAAACAUGGUUAAAAGAGAACACAUCUCUACACUUUGGUUCUGACAUUUUCUGCACGUGAAAAAGAUUUUAAAAAAUCCCCUUUUACGUCUUAAUACAAGGCUUUGAUUGUUUUUCAAAAUUCUAACCUUCAUGGGGAUGACUUUCAAACAGCCGUUACAUUGAAAUAUCCCACCAUUUACUGAUUACUGUGUUUAAAAGCCUGACCUUUCAGUGAUAGCUUUUAAGGAAAAACAGCCUUUUUUCCCCCAUUGACUGACUCCAAAGUAGAUGUUUUUUUUUAAUAUAUUGAAACCAGUGCUGUUCAUAGUUUGUGCAAUCAACAACAAAAUAUAGUCGCGAAUUUAAUGGAAAUGAUGAUGGGAAAAUGAGGACCUCUCUUAGCUAACAGGCUUUCUCUCUGUCUGUCCCCAUGUCCAUUAUAUCUGAAGCACGAGGACAUUUCCUUUGAGGACGAGACUUCCUCUCUACAUGUGGUAAGCUAACUGGGGGGACAUAUUUAUUUCCUGCUCUCAGCCUGAUAAAACUGAUUGAAGAUAAAAAAUAAAAAAAAAUCUCUUCUGUCUGUGCAGGACUUCCUGUGGUAUCCAGAGGCAAAUAACUCCAUGAAAGAGCGUUUGAUAGCGUGGACACACGUGAGUGAGGACGCUGAGCUCUGUUAGAGCGAAGCUUUGUUUAUCACGAGUGUUGUAUAAACUUGAAAUUGCCUUGCAGUUAAGGCAAGGAUGUGCUCUUGUGAAAUCCAGCUUCUCCCCUGUGUUGCAGGAAACUUCAGUUAAGCCAGAUAUUGUUAUCGUCGGAGCUGCAACAGUAAGCUCUCACUCUGAGUGCUGAGUAAUAAUUGCUUCUAUCUGUAAAAGCAAAAUGAUGUGCCUAACAAUCUCCAUGAAUGUAUUCACCACAGUGGUCGAUCAAGUUUCACAGUGGCAGCAGCGAGGCCCUGCAGCAGUACAAAGUCAACCUGACAGCCAUCGCUGUGCACCUGGAGAGGCUGGCCGAACAUGGAGAGGUCUACUGGGUCCUGCAAGGUGAGAUCAGCUUCAUGCUUUUGCUGUGUUGUAUCACUGCGUGAUCCCUCUUCCAGAGCGAUAAACCUCUCAUGUGAUCGCUGCUUUCAUGUCAGAAGGGAUUAACAUCUGAACAACUUUUGGUACUUCAAAGCAUUUUUCCACUAAGUGUUCACACAUUCCAAGUUCAUUCACAGCAUCAGACAUAACUUCAAAUCACUUAUCUGCAUGUUUUGUGGCUCAUCAUCAUCCACAGCAUUCAACAUUUCUCAUUUGUUUACUUUGUGUAAGCCAUAAUUUGCUGCAUGACUUUAUGGGGUAUUUUCAGCGAGGUGCUGUUAAUAUUUAUUUUGGUGUCAAGUUGUUGUUUUUUUUUAUUUCAUAAAAGCAUUUGACAGCAGCAAAAAUAGGUUAACACCAACACAUCACUCACGCUCUAUUUCCGCUGUAUCUCACCAUCUCACCUCCGCCCUGCAGAUCCCGUAAAUGAGGAGGCGUUGAGUGAAAACAGGAAAAUGAUCACCAACCAGCAGCUGGAGCUUUACAAUGAAGCUGCGGUCGACGUGCUCAAUGGCAGGUCGAGGGUCAAGCUGUUUGCUGCGUCACGUCAAGCUGCUCUGGAAACCAUCGGGCAAUCAGAUGACGGCUUGCAUCUACCUGAGGGCACUAGGAGUGUGGUAGGCAGGAUUUCUGCUUGUUCAAGACAACUAGUUGUUGUUUUUUACUCUCUGUGAAAUGGAAUAAAGGAGGAGCUUAUGGCCUGGUGACCUUCUUCCUGAUAAGUUAGUCUGUUUGUGAUGUUCUGUGACUGUUGAACGUUGUUGACGAAAUUAACACAUCAAAAUUACAAAAUCAAGCUGAGUACGAGCAACAGAAUUAGCCCAACAACACCAGUGUUCUGCAAAGAAAAAUUCUGUCACUGUCAAUGAGGUCUGGUGGCUUUAAAGAGAUAUUCCAGCAUAAAAUUAAAAAUAAAAUCUCUCGAGAGAUGAAUGUUGCCGACCACUUGCUUCUCUUGCUAUACCAACUUUAGUAACGACUGCACAAUAGCCAUACACAGUGGUGUACGUCCUCCACGCACAAACCUCAACCAAAAGGCUACUCUGUAGCCACAAAUAAUGCUCAGAACAGCACCUAGCUUCAUCAACAUUACAUAUAGGGUCCCAGCCAUAGUACUAGCCAUCAAACAUCUUUUUAGCUUUGCUUGAUUUCUUAAGCAAAGAGACUAAACGCAACUCACCUUCUCUCUUCCAGCAGUCGCUUGUUUGUGGGGGAGCCCUGACGAGUCGAUCAUUGAAUGUAGCGGAUCAUUUUCAUGAAGCAAUAAUCAUCAUAAUAAACAUUUUGCACUGCAGAGGCGGUAGUUCUUCUGCCUCAGUGUUUCGGUCUGAUGACAUUUCCAUGAGGAAAUGAUCAUAAAUGUUCUUCCUUGAACUGUGAAACUCCACAGCACUUGGUGAUCAACUCAUCAGGGCUCCCCACAAACAAGCGACUGCUGGAAGAGAGUGGGUGAGUUGUGUUUAGUCUCUUAGUUAAAGAAAUCAGGCAAAGGUUUGGUGGCUAGUGCUAUGGCUGGGACCCUACAUGUACUGUUGAUGAAGUUAGGUGCUGUUCUCAACAUUAUUUAUUUGCUGUUGAGUGGCGUUUUGGUUGAGGUUUGACCGCUGUGUAUUGUUAUUAUGCGGUUGUUAUCAAAGUUGGUAUAAGUGGAGAAGCAAGCGGUCGUCAACAUUCAUCGUUUGAGGGGGUGUCUAACUCGGUGUUAUGUUGUGUUUGACCCUAACUUAAUUUUACGCCGUAAUAUCCCUUUAAGAAGUGAGUUCUGGGUCUUACUUCUUGUCAAGAAAAGGGGCAGUUUCUGAAAUCUUGUAGCACAGUUUUGAGCCAUACAGUGGUAAAAACAAGGACUUUUGAAGGACCUACUGUGAGUUGGUGAAUCAGUGAGAAAUUACAGAUCACAUGCCUGCUUUUAGUCAUUCAGUGCCCAUAAUAUGUAACAAUGGGACCAAAAGUCCACUUUUAAUCAGUACUCACAUCGCCUUUACCAUCUUCCAUUAUCAUCUUGUCAGGGAGCCAUGGUCCUAAUGAAUUCUGUGUGCAACAAGUUGCUGAGGCCCAUAGACGGCUCCUGCUGCCAGACCCUACCGCCCCCAAACCUCCUCCAGAAGCUGUCAGCUUGUUUCUUCCUGUGCUCUGCCCUGAUCUUCCUUGUCCUGCACGUCCUCGGCAACAACCGCCACCGCCGUCCUGUGCCCCCUGACGUGGAGAGCCUAGAGGGGAAGAAGCCGGCGACUGCAGCUGUUCCCCUAGGACCUAAAGCAUCUGUCCAGGCUCUCUGCAGGAUGGGCAUCAUCAUGGGCUAUUUUUACCUUUGUGACAGAGCAGAUGUGUUCAUGAAAGAGCAGAAGUUUUACACGCACUCCACCUUCUUCAUCCCUCUCAUCUAUAUCUUCGUCCUUGGGGUCUUCUACAAUGAGAGCAGUAAAGAGGUACGACUCGGCUCAGUACUGCCUAGGGCUGGGUGAUAUGGCCUCAAAUUAAUAUCACGAUAUAUUGAACAGUUCACUUCAAUAACGAUAAAUGGACAAUAACUACUCCACAAGCUGCUCACCCCUGCCCACAUUAACUUCGUCUACUUCAGCCGCGCCUCCAGCCGCUACAACUUUUGAACCGUCCUCCAUCUCCUCACCUGUCUUUCCCUCUUUGUUUCGAACUAGAUGGGGUGGAGUCAUGUCUCUGACAUAGGACAGCAUUAUAAGGGGACAUGAGACCAUAGCCUACCUACACACAUCCAAAAACAACUUUUAUUUAAUUUUUUUGACACCGAAUACACCGAUAUGGGCAAAAUGACAUCAGUUAUUGUCGUAAAUUUCGGUAUCGGUAAAUUUUCGGUUUAUCGCCCAGCCCGAGUACUGCCUAACUUUGUGUUGAAAGAGUGAAUUUAUUUUUCAGACAUAUCGUUUCCAGCCUAUUGGAGGAAAAAAAAAGUAGCGGUAUUUAUAACUUAAUAAAGCUGGUUCUCUGUAUUUAUCUGGUCCAAGUUGAACUGCACUUUGUGUGUGACUAUUUUAGGCUAAAAGAUGUUCCCUCUCUUUCAAACAGACCAAAUUACUCAAUCGAGAGCAGACGGAUGAGUGGAAAGGGUGGAUGCAGUUAGUCAUCCUCAUCUAUCACAUAUCUGGAGCAAGUGCUGUGAGUCUGAAACAUUGAUUCAUUUGGGAGUAACCUGCUCUGAUGAGGAGAAAAUUGAUAUCUGAAGACAUCAAUGAUUCCUGUCUUUCAGUUUGUUCCAGUUUACAUGCAUGUGCGUGUGCUGGUGGCAGCGUACCUCUUCCAGACCGGUUAUGGACACUUUUCAUUUUUCUGGCUCAAAGGAGACUUUGGACUGUAUAGAGUCUGUCAGGUGAGGAUACAGCGAGUCCCACAGGAUCUUACACUGGCUCAUUACUGUCAAUCGUGACUGUUCACUUAUUCAAACUUCAGCAUUUCAUCUUUGAGUGUCACUUACGCCAACAGAACUAAUCCGUCUCGUCUUCUCUUUCUACCAUUUUUCAUACUCUUUUCAUUGCAGGUACUUUUCCGGUUAAACUUCCUGGUCUUGGUGCUGUGUGUUGUCAUGGACAGACCCUACCAGUUCUACUACUUCGUCCCACUGGUCACCUUCUGGUUUGUUGUCAUCUACGCCACACUAGCCAUGUGGCCGCAGAUCCUUCAAAAGAAAGCUAACAGUAGGUGUUGACACAUUUAAUGGAGACCCACCAGCACACAUAUUUAGUGCCAUAAGAAGCGUUUGAUACUAGUUCUAAAUGUUGGAGAGACCUUUCUUCUGAUGUUAGCCUUGGUGUUUUUACAGAUAGCGGCAUGUGGCAUCUCGGUGUGUUGGCGAAGUUGCUGGGCCUCCUGCUGUUCAUCUGCCUCUUUGCUUUUUCACAGGUAGGUGAAUUAUUCUGUAGGGGUGGGAGAAAAUAAUCGAUACAGCAUAGUAUCGCAAUAUUUUGUCUUGUGAUAUAUCGUUUCGUCUCAUUUGCCAAAUAUCGAUUUUUCAGAUUAAUUGCUAACAUGAAGUCAAAUCUAUGAUAAUGGAUAAUACAAAAUCAACUGUUUGUCCAGUAAGGUUGGCAGAGGUGACGUCAUAGAGCAGGAGAAAGUUAGUACAACAAACACAUAUAAGGUUUGCAAGAUGCACUACAUGAAAAUAAAAUACAGAGUAAAUAAGACAAAGAUAAAGGAAAGUCAAAUGCUAAAUUAGCUAAACAGUUGGAAAAAAUUGUAGAAAUCAUGAUAUAUUAUAUCGCAAUACUUACUGUAUUGCAAAAUGCCCAAGUAUCAUAAUAAUAUCAUAUCCUGGCCCAAGUAUCAUGAUAAUAUCAAAUUGUGGCCCAAAUAUCGUGAUAAUAUCAUAUCGUGGCCCAAGUAUCAUGAUAAUAUCAUAUUGUGGCCCAAGUAUCAUGAUAUCAUAUUGUGGCCCAAAUAUUGUGAUAAUAUCAUAUCAUGGCCCAAGUAUCAUGAUAAUAUUGUAUUGUGGCGCCACUGGUGAUUCCCAACCCUAUUAGUCUGUCAGUCGCAGUGUAUCUCUCUCGUCCAUCUUUUUUAAAUCACAGAUUUCACUUGAUUACGUGGUGAACUGCAGCCUGGCACACACUAGUAUUUCAAUCAGAAUAGUUCAUAGUGAGGUCAUUGUUUAUCCUUAUUAAUUCAGUAUUAACGCCUGCCUUUGUGACUUCAGAGCAUCUUCGAGGGCGUCUUCUCUGUGUGGCCCAUCUCCAAGCUCUUUGAGCUGAACGGGAGCAUCCAUGAGUGGUGGUUCAGGUGGAAGCUGGACCGAUUUGUAAGUCAAAUUUGUUCUGACUCUUUAUUUGUUCUGACUUUUCUCUGUCUUUACAUGAACACCGUGUUUGAAAUGAGACACUUGGCUUUGUGCAGCAGUUUUGAUGCGGCUUUGUGCUCUUUUGCAGGCGGUAAUACACGGCAUGUUAUUUGCCUUCAUCUAUCUAGUGCUGCAAAAGCGGCAGGUGUUGUCAGAGGGCAAAGGAGAGGCCCUUUUCCGUGCCAAGGUCUCCAACCUGCUCCUCUUCCUUUCAGUCGUCUUUUUCAUAGUAAGACUCUUCAGACUUCAUUGUCAUGUUGAUACUCGUCUAUAAACCUUUAAUUUGUAGGUUCAUUUAUUUUAAACAAACUCUGUUCUCUUUGAUGUCACUCUUGGAAAACUAUUGCUGCAGGUCUAUCCUAGCAAUGAAACAAAUACGUUGCAGAAACUUAGGAUAGACAUGUUCACUGGUAAAUCUAGUUUGUUGACAUUAACCUGCUGUAUACGGUCUUCUUUGUUUGUUAUCGAGGAGCUGCCCUUCUUAAACAAAGGCAGCAUCCUGCUUUGUUUCGUUGCAACUGAAGAUUAAAUCCUGUUACCCAACUUCUCUUUUUUUUCCCCUCAUUGUUUUAGACGUACUCAAUAUGGGCCAGCAGCUGCAAAACCAAAACCGAAUGCAAUGAGAUGCAUCCGUACAUCUCAGUGGUCCAGGUACGAUCCGCAUUCCCCUCACCUGUCUCUGCCUGGCUUUUGUUUUCCUUUCUUAGUUUUGUAACAGAGUCCUGUUUCUUUGGCUGUCAUAUAAAUGACUAAAUAAGCAAAAGAGUAAAUUUCUUGACAAUUUCUUGGAAGUCAUGAUACUAAUGACAUUAGAAGUGCUGAUGAGUGCAACAACAAGGGAGUUGCCUCCCCGAUCGCCGGAUACAGCCUCAUUAUCAUGCCAGUCUUAUCCGGGGAUCAUUUUGAAGAAGUAAAUAUUUAAAGUCAUGAACAACACAAUUCCCUCCUGAACAGACCAGCUUUGGCAGUUCAUCUGUCCUCAUCAGACCUUGUGGCUGCGCACCACUUUAACUUCAUUGUUUUUGCUACUGCCACUAAACUUUGACUCCCUCCGAUUGUCUUCACAGAUUUUGGCCUUCAUUCUCAUCAGAAAUAUUCCAGGUUACGCCCGCUCUAUUUAUAGCUCAUUCUUUGCAUGGUUUGGAAAGAUCUCAUUGGAGGUAAGAGGACCUGUUUGUUGACUUUGAACAAAAAAUCUAUAGCGAGAACCUCCCUCUUUAAUAGCUCUUUAUAGUCCUUUGAAAAGAAGGGUGCAGCAGCGUGUGAGUUAAACACCAGUAUGAGCAGUUACAGAUUGUGUUGUGUUUGUCUCCCCCAGCUGUUCAUAUGUCAGUAUCACAUCUGGCUGGCUGCAGACACCAAGGGGAUUUUAGUCCUUAUCCCAGGAAACCCUUCACUCAACAUCAUGGUCAGCACCUUCAUCUUUGUGUGUGUGGCCCAUGAGAUCUCCCUCAUCACCAAUGACCUGGCCCAGGUUGUCAUCCCCAAAGACAGCGUGGCCCUUUUGAAGAGGCUGGGGGCCCUGGGGCUCUGCAGUCUAGUUGUACUGCUGCUGGCCAGAAGCAGCCAGUCCACACCCUGAUGGAUACCUCCCGUUGAAGGACAAGGACUCACUGAGCCAAUGCUGGGUUUUAUUUUCACACACUGUGGUAAUAGGAGGCAUCCUCAGUUGUUCUAAGGAAGAACAAUGUCUCUGUGCUUGCCCAGGUCUCUACCUGACUGCUGUGAAAGUCGCACACUGAAGAAAAUAAAGGUGCCCUGAUUCAGGGGAGACUGCUCUGCUCUUUACAAAGCCUGUUUUUAGAGAAAAGAGACGUUUGGAUUUAAGCGAAGACGAAGAACACAUUUGGAGAUGUUGGAUUUUUAACGAAAAGGUCCUCUUUUUCAAAACCUCAUGCUUACUGUGUGAUUUUUUUUUUUGCCUCCUUUUAGCCAAAUACUCUCACAAGAAGUUCAUUUAGUGUCAUACAGUACUUUCUGACGUUGCUCCACUCUGGGAGGGAUCGCUAGACACACACAUACACACACACCGUCCACACGACAGUAGCAGCUUAAGGCGUUUUCACUCAGGCGGAUCCGUGAAGUACAUAUUCAGAAAGGUUCAAAUUGUGCUGCAUUUUAUUACCAACAUUACUUUGUACAGUGUUUGCGGUGACUUUCAGAAAACGGUAUGUAAACGUGCAAAAUAUGGACCAACAACUGGGCUGGGUGAUCAAACUAAGAAAAAAAACAAACUGUCAAGCUGGAGUGCAAUUGUAAAAAUGACACAUUUUUGCUAAUUUUUUGUGAGUAAUUUUAGAAAUGUUCGCCUUGUGCUGAAAGGUACUGUGGUCACCUGCUGUAGCUCUGAAAUUUCUGUGUGAUAUGUACAGUAUUUAAUGAUUUAAAUUAAGCUUAUAUUUUAUACCGUUAAUUUUCCUUUUUGUUUGAUUUUGUACUCUGAGCUCAUGAGUGCUGUUUGUGAAGGAAGUCUUAACAUAGUUUUGUACCCAUCCCAGCAUCUCAUAUAGAUGAUGACCUGCCUCAGACACACACACUGCAGAGGUUGAGCCUUUAGUUUGACUCUCUUUGUCUGCUAACUGCGUAGUAUAUGUAUAUUUGUAUCAUAGAGUAUGAAACUUUAUUUUAUACAGCAAAGCUUUGGCAGUGUUUUUUUAGUCCUCAAAUUUUCCUUUGCCGUAAAAAAAAAACUAACAAAAAAAAAAAUGCCUCACAGCUCUGGUGGCUUGCACAUGUUAUUUUUCUGUACGACCAACAGCUUCAUUUACAACGGAAAGAGCUGGUGAAGCUUCUUCCUGCACAGUGAGUGAGUGAAUAAGCGAUGCCUUCGAACACACAGCUUUCCUCAGAGGUUUUUCAUGAGAUGUACUCGGUUGUAUCUGUGAAUUAGCUCGGGAUGACGGUCUUCUGUCGGUUUGCCACUUUGCAUCAGAGAGCCACAUCAAUAAUCAGAGAAAUGCACUGACCCGCCUGAGAAAACAUCACUGUUGCUCAAAGGAAAACAUUGUUUGUCAGUUGACAAAAUGGGCAUGUGUAUUUUUGCCUCCAUACUCUCACAGACGUUCAAGAGAGAUUAGCACUUUUUACUGUCAGACCUGUUUGUUUUCUUCUUUGCAGUGAAAAAAAAAACUGUUUAACAUGAUACUGGUGCAGAGCUUUUCUGCACUUUGGCACAUUUUUAUUGAGGGUACAAGCAGAUUUUUGUCAAGUUCAUUUGGCAGUUAUAAAAAAAAAGUUAAAUUGAAAUGAUUCAAGCUGUUUUGUGUAUGAAUUUGUGUUGCAUACAGGGUUGUAAAGACUGCAAAUGUCCGUGGGUUUCUUCAUUCGUGUUGCUUUAAUUGAAACACUCCCUUUCAUUAAAUUGACAAUGUGCAUUUCUAUUUCAAACUGAGCAAGCGCCAAGUCAGACUGUAAUUACCACUACAAAGUCAGCAUCUCAUCAUAUACUGGUGUGAAAGAAAAACACCCUUACUGCUCUGUUUCGUCAUCUUUGACUGCUUUACACUUCUAAAUUUGCUAACUGUUUCAGGCCUUAACAAGUCUUUCUGGUCAUGUAAAAGCAACAAAUAUUUAUAUUUACGCCUGUGCAGGGCCUAUUUGAAAUAUGUUACAUGUAAAACUUUUUGUGAUGUCUUUAAGAUGUGAAAUGUAUCCAAAUUAUUUAUAAAUGCCUUUAUUCUGUUGUACAUUGUUAAUAAUACCUUCAUAAAAUGAGCUGGUUUGAAGUCCUUUGGAAGAAAGAAAAAAA